UAAAGUGACAAUGUAAAGGUGAAACCCUGUGCUAUGCCGCCGAGCAGGACAGGCUCGAACAGGGAAGAGGAAGCGUAUCUGCGGACGUGUAAAGUAAAGUCCAGAUAUGUGACUCGACAAUUAGCGGAAGAAAUGUACAUUCACCAGCGUAAAAAACCGAGCUGUCAUGUGUAAAAAUGUUCUCCGCUAUUCGAGUAAAGGAGCCGCGCGGAGUUGGUGUGCUGGCGGAGGGGGAAGUCCCUCAGGAAAUCCCCGCACUGCGAGCAGCAUUUACAGCCUGAAAAACUCUGACCUUCUGCGCUUCUCUUUACAAAGCCAUGAACACGCCGACCUGAGGAGAAACAUCACACAUUUAUGGAAUAAGUAAAGGUAGACGGUAACAAAGUAUCUUUUUUGGGUGUGUGUGUAUACACGCAUAUAUCAAAAGGAAGAAACAACAAAAGAAAACAUAAACGGCGGAUAUCAAAAGAUGGAGGACGACGUUACGAAAUUGCGGAGUUGCGCCACUUUGAACACUUUCUAUCACGAAACCCAGCAGGAGAUUGCCAAUUUAGGCAAACAGAUUUUAUCCCGAGACGGAAUUAUAUCCGACCUGAAAGCCAGGUUGACCAAGUACGAGAGGACGCGCGUGACAGUGGAAGGAGAAGAACCUUGCUUGGUUGGACCAUCGAAGUCUCUAGUGGAGAGCUUGUGUAGAGAGAACUUCAUACUAACCCAGAAGCUGAAAGAGACAGAAGUGGACUCGGCCCAGAAACUGGAGGCAAGCAAAAGAGAGAUCCAAAGUCUGCAGCAGAAGCUGAGGGAGAAGGAUCAGAUGCUGGAGUGGCCUGAGCACGAGAAGGAGUGCGAGAUCCAGCGUCUGAGAGCCAGCCUGGCAGCUCGAGACCGGGAGCAGGCCACCAGGGAUGUCCUGUGCAACUCGCUGGCUGAUGAGGCAGAGCAGCUUAGGGGGCAGUUAGGAGCCACGGUACGAGUAUGUGAGGAACUAUUGGGGAGGCUGGAGAAGCAGAAGAACCUGUCAGGCACUGUGGAGCAUAAGACCCAGGUCAAUGAGGAGACCGAAUCCUCCCAGGCCGUUCGACUGAAAGGCAUUAUCGAUAAGUUACAGGAGGAGAACCAGCAGCUGAAAAACAGAGUGUCUUAUGUGGAAAAUCUGAACUCAAAGUGGCAGAAGUAUGACCUGAGCAGAGAGGAGUACGUCAGGGGCUUGUGUCAGAAACUGAAGGAGGCCAAUGGCGGGACGUCAGCAGGAACCAUGAAUCUGUACCAGCAGGAGAUCAACCGUCUGAACGGACUGCUGGAGGAGAAGAUGCGGGAAUGUGACAGGCUCAGCCGGGAUACGGACGAUCGCAUGCAGAGGAACAAGGAGCGCAUACAGAUGCUGGAACAGCAGGUGCUCGCUUACAUCGAAGACUUUAAGUCAGAGAGAGCGGACAGAGAACGGGCUCAGAGCAAAAUUAUGGACCUACAGGACGAAGUGGCGCGACUGCAGACACAGAUCCGAGCGCAGGCAAGUGGUCAAUUUAAUAUGGUCAUUACGCAGAAUACCAGAGAAGCCACUCCAUCACGGCGGAUCCUCCCCAGCUUAAAGAAAACAGGUCGCAAACAGACUGAAACAGUCGAGCCUCUGUUACGGAACAGCCCCCCGGACUCGAGCGCCAGGCGGCCGAACACUCAGUUAGCAGCAUCAGGGGUGUCCGAGCUGCAGUGCCCGCUGUGCUUCACAAUGUACGAUGAAAAUCACACGGACGAGUACAUGAACCACUGGGAGGAGUGCGCCAGACUCUGAACUCUGCUCAUUUCACACUCACACUCAAGACAAGAUGCACUACAGAAGUGUGUGGAAGGCGUGUAAAGGUAUAAAUAUGGACAAGAACAAACAUUGGGACAACAAACUUGUACAACUUUCACAUCAGGAUGGGUAUAAAAACUCAGACUGGACUUUAAAAAAAAAAAAAAAAAAAAAGUAUCAGCCAUUUUAGGGAUUUAUUACAACUCUCGAACAGGAAUUGAAACAGGAACACUCAGAGAAGCCAAGUGCUGAGUUAAGAUGGGUCAUUCCUGAUUCAUCUGAUUCAUACAGUCGUCACUCAUCGGGUCCACAGAGUUGCACAGCACAGAGACAAGUGUGUGUGUAUAUAUAUUUUUGUAUUUAUACCACAGUCCUUGAAAACUCUCAAUUCUGGUUGGUGGAAAGGUGCUGGUUCAUUUUCUGUAACAGCAGCUCUCACAAUAGUGCUGACAGUCAGACAAAUCACAGGUUUAUAUUAAUGCUCUCAUUCUAAUAUCAUUCUUAACAAAGUUAUUCUGCCACAAAAACCCGUAGGAGGAUCCAAACGUUUACGGAAGGAGUUCAUGGUUUCUCUUUAAGAUGAUAAACUGCAUACUUGUGAUUUUGUCUCAAUUGCCAAGAAAGGGGAAUAAGACAAGCUUGGGUGGGAAAGACGAACGUUUAUAGCUGCUAUAACAUAAGUAAUAUUAAGUACUUGUUUAACGGACGUUCGACAAUAAACUUAACUAUAAACCGGAAAUAAAGAAAAAACGUGGAAAACCGCUGUGGUAUAGAGGAAUAAACCACUUUGUACUGUUAUUGGAAAGUAAGCAUGGUCAGAGUGAUAUCAUGACUGUACUUCAUUAUGCCACCCUGGUAUUGAUUAUUUUCCAAUAACAGCACACCCCCAGGUGUUUUAUUUCUAACACAUGUGCUGUCAUCAUACUGCAAAUGUUGUCCUAUCCCUAACUGAUAUAUAUUCCAUUUUCUUUGCUUUUUUUUUCUAUAUAUAGGAUGCUUAAUUAUAUAAUUAAUAUUUAUGUUUUUUAAAUAUAUAAUUAAAGUCAUGGGUUUUUUAUUUCCUUCUGGUUAGUUGGAACACAGUUUUAAACUGAUUUCCGUACCAAGUGCAAAAAAAGCUCAUUUUAUAUGAGUUAUUAUUAUUAUUAUUAUUAUUAUUUCUAAUUAGUAGUCAGAUUUCUACAAUCUACACUCGGUUGCUUAAUAUACCUCAGUGGGUGUCUUUGUGGACUUGUGAACUUACAGCACUUUCAUUUGACUUUUUUUUAAUGUAUCUAAUGUAAAAUAAUUACAUUUAGGCCUUUUUAUUAUACAUGAGCUUUUCAUAAAGGCAAAAUCAAUUUAUUUCCCUCUUAAGGUGCUAUUUCUUUUUAAAUAUUGUAAAUUAAUAUAAAUUUGUGUUAUAUAUCUUACAAAUAUAUAUAUAUAUAUAUAUAUAUAUAUAUAUAUAUAUGUUACAUAUAUAUAAAAUCAACUGAGGCUUAACAUUAAUUUGUGUUAAUUCCUGAUUAUUACGUAUAGCAAGAAUGUAUUGGAAUGAAUUUGUGUGCUUUAUGUAAUCCUGCACGCACAUCUUCAUAAAUGUGUCUCGGGUGAAGUAAGCGGUGGUGUAGCUGUGCGGCGCUGAUCAGACUCGGAGGCGUCGUUUUGACUGUUAGGUACUUGCCAUUUGAUCGCCUCUACAGUCGAAAACUUUUCUAGUUCUAAGUAAGAAAGGAAGUUCCCUACAUCCUGGUAAGAUGAGACAUGAAAGCGGCGAGUCUCAGUCUGUGUAACACCAUGGCCUACAAUUUCAACACGUUUGAAGCUAAAAUAAUAACAGACAUGAAAUAAUAUCUUUGUGCGAAGGGGGGAGAAGAGGGAAGAGAUCAUGUGUCUAAAGGUUUAUUUUUGUAAUAAAAGGUGUAAAUUUUUUAGAAAAUUAACUCAAAAUUAUUUUGCCAGUAGUGUGUUUUGUAACAAAUAAGCAACUGGGGGGAAAAGGAAAAGAAAAAGUCCCAGAAAUACUGUAAUGAUGAUGAUGAGGGUAAGAUCAUGUGACAGCAGGUACAGUCAUAGAGAGAGCAUUUGGACUUUGGUUGCUGUGGGGGUUAAGAAUGUACGAUAGUUUCUUUGGGAAUGAGUCAAUAUCUUGGUGAAGUCCCAACAAGGAAGGGAAUAUGUGACAUUUCCGGAUUUGACGGAAAUAUCCGGCCAUUUCCCAUGAGAAAAAAAAAAAGAAUUAUUUAUUUAUUA